UUUAUUUGGAUAGAAUUAGGAUCACGGGCAUUGUCAAAAUGAAAUUCCUUGUCGUGGUUACCUUAUUGGCUUUGGCUUAUGCCAAGCAUGAAGAAUAUAUUGGAUGGAAAUCCUACUACAUAGGAGUCACCAGUGACGAACAGUCUCAAGCUUUGGGACCUUUGGUGGAAAAAUAUGAACUGGAUUUUUUGUCUUACCCAAUCCUGGGUCGCGAAGGUGUCGUUUUGGUGAAACCUCAACACCAAUCUGGUUUUACCAAGGAGAUCGAAGCUGCCGGCAUCUCUUACAGAGUUCAUGCUGAUGAUUUAAAAACGCAACUAGACUAUGAUGACCUUCUUAUCGACGUGCAGAGAAGAGCUACGACAGUCAGGAAUGGAGGACGUCAGCUUCCUUAUGACAAUUACCAAGAACUCGAAGUGAUUGACGCGUACCUGGACUAUAUUGGCGAUGAAUACCCUGAUAUUGCCACUGUUGUGACUGCUGCUGAGUCUUUCGAAGGUCGCCCCAUUAAGUACGUCAAGAUUUCAUCUACGAACUUCGAAGAUGAGAGCAAACCAAUCAUCUUCAUUGACGGAGGCAUUCACGCCAGGGAAUGGAUCUCUCCCCCAACCGUCACCUAUGCUAUCCACAAACUGGUUGAAGAUCUAACCGAGAGCGACCUUUUGGAUAACUUUGACUGGAUUCUCUUGCCUGUGGUCAACCCUGACGGAUACAAAUUUACUUUCACCAACCAACGAAUGUGGCGUAAGACUCGUUCCACCCACCCAACAUCGCCAAAUUGUAUUGGAACUGAUGGUAACCGCAACUACGACUUCUUCUGGAACACCGUCGGUACAUCCUGGAACCCUUGCAGUGACAUCUACCCUGGCACGCAGGCCUUCUCAGAAGUGGAAACAAGGGUUGUUAGAGAUAUUCUCCACGAAAAUUUGGCUCGCAUGGCUUUGUACCUUACCAUUCACAGUUAUGGUAGUAUGAUCCUGUAUCCUUGGGGUCAUGAUGGUUCUUUAUCCCAUAAUGCCCUUGGACUGCACACCGUGGGUAUCAACAUGGCUGCAGCUAUCCAUGAAAAGGCCCUUCCUAACUUCCCAAGAUAUGUAGUUGGGAACUCUGCUCUUGUGCUUCGGUCCUACAUUUCAGGGUCAUCGGAAGAUUAUGCGCAUUAUGUUGGAGUGCCUUUAUCCUAUACUUAUGAGUUGCCUGGCUUCGGUUGGGGCACGCAAGGCUUCCACUUGGAGCCACGAUUCAUUAAACAGGUCGUUGAAGAGACCUGGGCUGGUAUUGCGGUUGGUGCAAGAAGAGCUGGAGAAUUGUUUGUUGCUAAUAAAAUGGCACAAGUUUAAAAUGACUGGAAAUGGAAAUGUGCAAGUGAAUUUUGCAAUUUUGACAAACCUGUACGUAUCUGAAUAAAUAUAGGGUUUUAUUUAUUAAGUAA